AUGUCCUUCUGUUACUGUAAUCCACAGGGGGCGCGGGGACCUCCUGGUGAACCAGGUCAACAGGGUGAAAAGGGGUUGCCUGGUCCACAAGGUCCCCCUGGAAUAAAGGGAACACUGGGAGCCCCAGGGCCCCGGGGGCCGCCUGGAGAGAUUGGCCGAGAUGGUCCCAAGGGGAGCUGUGGAGAUCCAGGAGUGGUUGGUCCUGUUGGUCCACCAGGCCUGAUGGGAUCAAGUGGAGAACCAGGCGUUCCAGGGCUGCCAGGGGCCAUGGGUCUGCCAGGGUUCAAAGGUCAUAAGGGGGAGAGAGGUGAACCUGGGUCCAAAGGAGCACAGGGGGAGCGAGGCAGAGACGGAGAUCUCGGGAGUCCCGGCGUGUCGGGCGAAGUGGGACCCAGGGGAUGGAAAGGAGAGAAAGGAGUGACAGGUGAUACGGGCCCCAGAGGACCCGAUGGAAAGAAGGGUGACAUGGGCCACAUGGGUGUCAUUGGUCCCAGGGGAUUUCCCGGACAGGAUGGGUCGCCAGGCCAACCGGGCCAACCAGGCCAACCGGGAUAUCCUGGCAAACCUGGUAAGCCUCCCUCAGACGAACAUCUCGUAAAGCUCUGCACUGAUGUUCUGCGUAACCAGCUGCCAGCAUUGCUACAGAGCCUGACUCCUCACUCUAGGUGUGAACCCUGCCAGGGUGUGAAGGGUCCUCCAGGUGAGCCAGGAGCACCGGGACCCAAAGGCUCCAUGGGAACUCCAGGCUACCCUGGCAGAAAUGGCGCUCCUGGUUACCCAGGACCUCCUGGAAUACAGGGCCCCGCAGGCCUCAAAGGUGACAUGGGACCCAGAGGGUUGAAAGGCAGAAAAGGAGAUGGAGACCAGGGACCACCAGGACCACCUGGACACCAAGGGAUUCAGGGUCCCCGUGGCUUUGAUGGGAUUGGCCAGCCGGGCAACCAGGGAAUCCCAGGCAAACCGGGCCCCCCGGGAGAUCCUGGCAAAAGGGGUAGCCCAGGACUUCCAGGGGUUUGUGACAUCUCUAUGUGCUAUCAGACCUACAGUCUCAGGGAACACUACAGCAAAGGACCACACAUCUGAUGACAUGGGAGUGAGAGAGGUUGCGUUUGA